AUGUCGGCGAACAAGGCGACGCCUUCCGGAUCACCCGACUAUCUGAUUCCGCUUCAAGGUGCGGAGUUGCUUGACGCCAAGGCGGCAGCUCUUCUCGCUGAGCUCGAGCGACAAUUCGACCUGCCCAAGCAUGAACUGCAGAAGAUCACCGAUCACUUUGGCUGGGAAUACAGACAAGGCCUUGCGCACGACUCCGGCGCAAAGUCAACUGAGCCUGCCCAGUACUUGCCCAUGAUACCCACUUUCGUCAGCGCUGUUCCAGACGGAUCCGAGACAGGCACCUUCCUCGCGCUCGACCUCGGUGGAACGAAUCUGCGAGUGUGCGAGAUCGUGCUCAAGGGCGACGGCCAAUUCACGAAUCGGCAGCAAAAGUACAAAGUCUCGGAGGAGCUCAAGACAGGUACAGCCGUUAAGCUGUUCGACUACAUUGCAGACUCGGUCGACCACUUUCUCAACGAGAUGGACACCCAAGCUAGCGCAGACGAGAAGCUCUAUCUCGGCUUCACGUUCUCGUUCCCCGUCAUCCAGACCGCGCUGAACAAGGGAACCUUGCUCAACUGGACAAAGGGCUUCACAGCAUCAGGUGCGGCAGGCAAUGACGUUGUCGGGCUGCUGCAGUCUUCACUCGACAAGAAGCAUAUCCAUGUGCAUUGCUCUGCCUUGGUCAAUGACACCGUCGGCACGCUCCUCUCGAGAGCAUACCAAAGCGGGGAUGCCUUUGUGGGUGCCAUCUUCGGCACCGGUACCAAUGGCGCCUAUGUCGAGAGCAUGAAAUCCAUUCCCAAGCUUAAGGAGGCGCGCGCGCAAUCGCACAUGAGCGACUCGACAGCAGCGAGCCAGGACAUGAUCGUCAACACCGAAUGGGGAGCGUUUGACAAUGCUCGUAAAGUCUUACGCGUCACCCCUUAUGACAACAAGGUCGAUCGAGAGUCCAUCAAUCCGCGCCGGCAAUGCUUCGAGAAGAUGAUCUCUGGCAUGUACCUCGGCGAGGUCACGCGGAAUGUCAUACUUCAUCUCAUCGAUCAUCUAUCGCUCUUCGACGGCCACGCGACGCCACAGAUCAGCACACACUACGGUCUCGACUCUGCACUCAUGUCGGCCAUCGAGGCACCCAACGCUAGCUUUGCAGACAUUCGCAAGGUCGUCGAGCGAGACCUUGGCGUGCCCCCUGAGCACAUCAAGGACUCCGAUCUGGUUCUCAUCAGGCGUGCCUCGGAGCUCGUUGGCACGCGAGGAGCCCGGCUGUCUGCAUGCGCAUUAGCAGCCACAAUCCUCCAGACCCACCGACAGGCAGCUUCGGCAGGCAAGAUCCACAUUGGCGUCGACGGCAGCCUGGCAGAGUUCUACCCUCGUUUCGAAGAGAGGAUGAGACGGGCGCUCGUAGAGCUGCUGGGCGACGACGUCGAACAGAGGAUCGUCAUCGGCUUGGCUAAGGACGGCAGCGGAGUGGGUGCUGCCUUGACGGCAUUGGUGGCCAAGAAGCAGCGGGAUGCAGAGACUGCGCAAAUCUGA